CGCGGAGGGGCGGGCGGCGGCUCCGCCCCGGGGCCGCGAUGGCGGCGGCCGAGUUGGAGUCCUCGCUGGAGCUGAGCCUGACGGGCUCCGGCGCGCUGCCCGGCGCGCUGCCCCCCGCCCGCUCGCGCAUCUUCAAGAUCAUCGUCAUCGGGGACUCCAACGUGGGCAAGACGUGCCUCACCUACCGCUUCUGCGCCGGCCGCUUCCCGCAGCGCACCGAGGCCACCAUCGGCGUGGACUUCCGCGAGAGGGCCGUCAGCAUCGACGGCGAGCGCAUCAAGAUACAGCUGUGGGAUACUGCAGGCCAGGAGCGCUUCAGGAAGAGCAUGGUGCAGCACUACUACAGGAACGUCCACGCCGUGGUGUUUGUGUAUGACAUGACAAACAUUGCCAGCUUCCACAGCCUGCCGUCCUGGAUAGAGGAAUGCAAGCAGCACCUUCUUGCCAAUGAUAUACCACGGAUUCUGGUUGGAAAUAAAUGUGACCUGAGAAGUGAUAUUCAGGUGCCCACGGACCUGGCCCAGAAGUUUGCUGACACUCACAGCAUGCCGUUGUUUGAAACCUCUGCCAAGAACCCCAAUGACAAUGACCAUGUGGAGGCCAUAUUCAUGACACUGGCUCACAAGCUUAAGAGCCACAAGCCAUUAAUGCUUAGUCAACCCCCAGAUCAUGAUGAAAUACAUAUAAAGCCUGAACCAAAACCUAUCACAUCCUGCUGGUGUUAGGUCACAUUCUCACUGGUUAUCACCUUGUCUUGUUUGCAAGUGCUUCAGAAUUAUGAUCUUUGGCAAAGUUACAGGUUUUGGUAGCAACUAUAGCAAAUCUCUUUGGCACUUUAAUGUGGUUUUUAUUUUAAUUUUUGCUGAUGUAGAUGUGCCCAUCUUAUGUUCUUGCACUUUUGUAAUUGUACUUCAAAAACUACUAAAGUUUCACUAUAAAUAUAUGGGAACAUACUCACUUUGUCAAGUUUUGACAAAGCAAUCCUAGUUGAGCCCUUGCUGCCUGAGGUUGUUCUCAUCACUUGUGGUGAGGUUUUAACUAGUGUGCCAGUUUACUAAUACAUUUGGUUGCUACUUGUGUUGGAAUAACGUAGGAGAAAGAGCCUUUGUGACAACCAGGGAACUUGGGUUUUGGGUCAGCAAGUGGAGAGAUUUUUGGCAUAUGAAGGAAUAUUAGGUGACUAGUAGGAAAUUAGAAAGCAGGUACCUUUUUAUUAUAAAAGGAAAUAAAACAGGUCUGUCAAAGUUUGGGCUGCCAAUGUCAGUGCAAAUUGUUAGGUUUUGGCCUGUCCUUCCACUAUGAAUUUGGUCUAUUUCUUCAUGGCAGUGGUAAUGGAAAUAACUAACUCCUUCUUACCUCUAGACAGUUACUUGGUACUUAAAACUUCAUUAAUUUUUCAUAAUUAGCAUGUGAUACCAAACUAUGUUAUGUUAACUAAUAUUGUGGAAAGAACUGUAGCGCAGGAUUUGGGGUAAAAUUGAGACUCUACCUGUCCAUAAGUUCUCUGAUCUUACUAAAAUUAAAUUAUAUAUUUCUGUAGGUGCUGUAUUUGAGUUGAGUAAAAUGGUUGAGCAAGUAAAAGAUUGGGUGAAUUGGGUAAAAGCAUACUGCUUUUCAAAGGUGGGGUUUGCAGGGCUUUAAGAGAUCAUGAGUGCUUCUGAGAUACCUUGAAAAGCACUUGAUAACAUAUUUCAGGAAUGGGAAUACCUUGAAAAGCACUUCAUAACAUAUUUCAGGAAUGGGAAUGCUUAGUAAUAUGGUACAUUCUUAAAAUAUUUCUGAACACAAACUAAAUUGGGUCUUGAAAUACAGAGUAAAUCUACCAACUGCAUCAUUGUUACAGAAUUUUGAGGGAAAACCUGCAUGUAUAAUGUUGUGACUGUGUGUAGGGCGUCCUUGGCAUUACUAACGUGAGCUGGCAGGGAUUAGAUGAGGGAAAUUCUUCCUCUUGGACGACCUUUUUCUCUGUUCUCAUAGUUGCAACUGCUUUUUUUCAGUUCUAUCUGAAGAUCAAGUUUCAUAAUAAAAAUGGUGCUAAGUUGCACAUAGUUGCAUAAAGUUAAAUGUAAGCCAUAGAAUGCAAUCUAUGACUUCAUUCAUGUGCCAUGUCAAACAAUGUUUUGUGAUUUAGUUUUUGAAGUAUAAAUGAAGAUUUUUUUUUUAAUUGGUAAUGUGUAGCAUGUGUUGCUUACUGGAAACUCAGUGGAAGGGCUAGUUCAGAAGCUGCCACCCUAAUGAUCACAUUAGAAACAAAUUACUGAGACAAGAUACCUGUUAUUAUGUGAACUAUUACAAUUCUUAAGAUGUAGUUUCAUUGCAACUUGUACAGAAAAAAAAUGCAUUGACUUUUUUCUAGAUUUUGAAAGAGCAUUUAAUUUGGUCUUACAUGAUUAAGAUGUUUAAAAAGAAUCUAAACAAAAGGUAGUACUUUUUCCUGUAUAAAGCUGCUUCAAUUGUGACAGUAUUUUUGCUUAAGAAGCAUUUGUAAAAGGAAGCUUUUGUAUUCACUCUGAACCUUACAUGACUAGAAUUUGCAGUUGUUUCAGAAACAAAGACCUUUUUAACACUAGUGUCCUUAAUGAUUUCUUUAAGAAAUUGAUUGAUCUUAAAUUUAUAUUUAUACUAUGUUAAGUAAAUAUGGUUUACAGUCCUGUUGGACAGAUUGUUUUUCACUCAUGUCCUUAAUCCUUUUUCUGAGAAGGAUCAUUCUUAAUUAUUUGUAUACUAAAUAUGUCAGCAAGUUUUCAUGGUUUGUUUGGGUUUUUUGUUUAUUUGUUUGUUUGUUUUUAAUAAAAAUAUCCCAGAAUUAAGAAUUUUAAAGUCAGUCAGGUUGGGGGUUGGGGAAAGAGAAUCAUGUAGCUGCAGUGUUAUUGUUAAAUUUUAUCUGAAACACCUGUUAAGUUUUAUUUGAGUUACCACAACUUGUAAAUAAGGGCCCUCAUGUAAUGAAAAUUGUGUGCAAAUGGUGUUCCAGUGUGUAAUUCCAUGUUCAGCACAAAGCAUGUUUUAAUGGUUCUGCCAUGGAGGCAGUGUGGUCAGUAAUGCAGGAUUCAGUGUUGCUCCCUGGCUUUCAGUGGUGAUGUUUUGCCCACAGGAUGGAUAUCAGAGUACUGAAUACUUUGUAUGUGUAUUUUCACUCUACCAGACUGUAAAGUUGUGUUCUUUUGUAUGUGCUGGGGGCAGGCAAGGCACAGUCCCAGAGAACUAAUAAACGGGCUUUGCCACAAACUGCUA